AAACAAACAGGGGGAAUCAGUAAACCGUGUCUUUAGGUCCCCCCUCCUUAAAGAAAGCUACUCAUGUUAUGUCCCAUUGAGGAUCAGAGAAGGGGGGAGUGAGAGAAGUGAGGGACUAGGAGUGUUGUGUGAAAAGAGUGCAGGCCAACGAGCGAGACAAAAGAGGCUGCGGCUGCAUUGAAUGUGCCGGUGGUGUGUCCGUCUCCGAAGCCACAAGCAAACCACAUUCCCCCCCUCUGGCCUUUAUGCUACAGACGGCGGAGAUAUAUCGGAGAGGGAAACCAAUUGCGAUAUUGUAAUUGCUGGAAGCGCGAAGUUGAGGACUUGGAAGAAAGCUCCCUUGGACCGGGUGUUUCUCCUCUCCUCGCCCCGUCCUUACUACACGUCGAGUGCGGUGCGGUUUGGGGUUGGAGAUAUAACCCAGAACAAAGGAGUCUUGAAGCAAGGAAUGAGCGAGCCGAGACUAGCUUUGCCAUUACCUUUGAAACCGGGCCAAAUGCCUCUCUGAGACCAACAAUAGUACAUCGGCUGCUCGUAUUUCUCGACGAAGCCUUCCGCCCCAAAAGGGAGAAAGAAGGACAAAAAAAGGCGCACGGAGACAGACAAGUCGGCGGCUACAAUGUUUCCUCAAAACCGACCACCGGCACCUCUGCAGCCACCCCCGGGGUCCUCUGCCUCAGUGGUGGCAGCCGCAGCAGCAGCAGCUGCAGCGGCAUCGGGGACACCCCAGUCACUGAAACUAACCUACCCAGAAACUUUGGACCGCAUCAAGGAGGAGUUUCAGUUCCUCCAGACCCAGUACCAUAGUUUGAAAAUGGAAUGUGAGAAACUGGCUACAGAGAAGACAGAGAUCCAGAGACACUACGUUAUGUAUUAUGAGAUGUCCUACGGCCUUAACAUUGAAAUGCACAAACAGACGGAGAUUGCCAAGCGGUUGAACGUGAUCUGUGCUCAGCUCAUCCCAUUCCUGUCACAGGAGCACCAACAACAGGUGGUCCAGGCCAUGGAGCGCGCCAAACAGGUGACCAUGGGGGAGCUAAAUGCUUCGAUAGGGGUACGUGGGCUCCCCCCUCUGCCUCAUAGCCAGCAGCUUCAGGCCCAGCACCUCUCCCAGCAUGCCCAGGGUUUGCCAAUGGGCCCACACCCAUCAGGACUGCCCCACCCCGGCUUGGCGCUUAGCGGAGGAUCUGGCCUGCUGGCCCUGUCCGGGGCCCUGGGGGCCCAGCUGGCUGCCAAGGAUGAGAGAGCACACCUAGAGGCAGCAGUUGCGGCCGCCGCUGCAGCAGAGCACCACAGAGACCGUGAAGCAGGACCGAGCUCUCUGUCCAAUGGGGAUAAGGGUCGCCCAGCAGACUACCUCAACGGCAAGAAGAGGAAAGCUGAUGAGAAGGAGUUCAUGACAGACUAUGGCAGCGAUGCGGAUAAGAGUGAUGAUAAUUUGGUGGUGGAUGAGGACCCGUCGUCCCCCCGCAGUGUGCAUUCCUACUCGUCCAGGGAGAACGGCCUGGACAAGAUUCCCCCAUCUCGUAAGGAGGGCCCCCCGCAGGCCAGCCCCACCUCCCUGGCCUCCUCCAGCAGCGCCGCCUCCCCGUCUCGGGGCAAAGAGCCCCCACAGAGGGAGAAGUCCAGUACUCCAGGUAUGAAGCCAGGGACCCCCAUGUCUCAAGAGUCCAACACUGCGGGACCCAGUGGACCUCCGCAGUUCAGACCGGUCCCUGGCAAGCCUGGUGUCGACCUCGCUCUGGGUCUGAGAAACCCCCUGGCGGUGCAGGGAGCAUACCCUCCAGGGGCUUUUGGCCUGCCCCCUCCAGGGGUGAACGGGGACCUGCCCGGGGCGGCGGGCUACGGCGGCGGGCUCCACUUGGUCUCACCCCAGAUGAAUGGAGCUGCGGCAGCGGCAGCAGCGGCUGCUGCAGGCUACGGAAGGUCCCCUGUGGUGGGCUAUGAGUCUCCACACCCGCAUAUGAGAGUCCCUGGGCUGCCUGCCAGCCUGCAGUCAGCUGCCUCUGGGAAACCCGCCUACUCGUUCCAUGUGAGCGCAGACGGCCAGAUGCAGCCGGUGCCCUUCCCCCCUGACGCCCUGCUGGGGCCGGGAAUCCCUCGCCACGCCCGUCAGAUCCACACCCUGAACCAUGGAGAGGUGGUGUGUGCCGUCACCAUCAGCACCUCGACGCGCCACGUCUACACUGGAGGCAAGGGCUGCGUCAAGGUGUGGGACAUCAGCCAGCCAGGAAGCAAGAGCCCCAUGGCCCAGCUGGACUGUCUGAACAGGGAUAACUACAUCCGCUCCUGCAAGCUGCUCUCCGAUGGACGAACCUUGAUCGUCGGCGGGGAGGCCAGCACGCUGUCAAUCUGGGAUUUGGCCACACCCACUCCUCGCAUCAAGGCAGAGCUGACGUCGUCUGCUCCCGCUUGCUACGCUCUGGCCAUCUCCCCUGACAACAAGGUCUGCUUCUCCUGCUGCAGCGACGGCAACAUCGUCGUCUGGGACCUUCACAACCAGACUCUGGUCAGGCAGUUCCAGGGCCACACAGACGGAGCGAGCUGCAUCGACAUCUCCAACGACGGCACCAAACUGUGGACGGGAGGGCUGGACAACACGGUCCGCUGCUGGGACCUCCGAGAGGGACGGCAGCUCCAGCAACACGACUUCACCUCGCAGAUCUUCUCUCUGGGCUACUGUCCGACAGGCGAGUGGCUGGCUGUGGGAAUGGAGAGCAGUAACGUGGAAGUCCUACAUGUCUCCAAACCUGACAAGUACCAGCUGCACCUCCACGAGAGCUGCGUUCUCUCCCUCAAGUUCGCCUACUGCGGUAAAUGGUUCGUGAGCACAGGCAAAGAUAACCUCCUGAAUGCAUGGCGGACACCUUAUGGAUCCAGCAUAUUCCAGUCCAAGGAGUCUUCGUCGGUUCUCAGCUGUGAUAUCUCCCCCGAUGACCAGUUCAUCGUCACCGGCUCCGGGGACAAGAAGGCCACAGUCUACGAAGUUAUCUACUGAACUCAGAUUGGCUGAAAAAGAAACUAAUUAAUCAGGGGGCAGGGCCAAGGCUGUCUCCUGCACCAAUGACUGUACAGAGCAUCGGUGGCAUUGAAAACAAGAGACACUCAACUCGUACUUUGUUGUUUUGUUUACGUUUGUAAAAGAAAUGAGAGAGAAAGAGAAGCAAGGGGGCACAAAGUCACAUCUCUGGAAAAAAAACAAACUUUGAACGUUUUUAAUGCUCUGAGAACGCUGGUUAGUCUAUAGCUGCGCAAUUGUGGAUUCCUCCAAAGAACUUUUGUUUUUGUUCCUUUUUUUCCCUUUUUUAACAAAAUAAAACCUCUGUAGUGAACAAGAAAUUAGCAAAAAACUUAUUUUUUUAGCCUCUGAAUUUUUUGCAAACAGUUCGACCGCAUUGAGUGGAAAAAGACAGCCGUGGGACUGAGGAAGUGUGGGAAGAGUCUGGGGGGUGGAAACGCUUCAUGGAAAAAUACGGUGCAUAUUCUGUGCUGUGUAAAAAGUCCCAGCCAGGGUCAGCUUGGCCCGGUUUGGCCUGGUCCAGUCCAGCUCAGUCUCCAGUACGUGGCUGCUCCUCGGGGCAGCAGAUGCGUGGCAGAUGGCAGGACGGUGUGCUGUGAAGUUCCAGCUAUUUUUUUUUCUCUCCCAGUUAAGUUUCAGCAGCAACAUGAUUGUAUCAUCCCCAGUACACAUAUGACAGAACAGGGCUCGGUUUUCGCUAAAGUGUCCUGAGAGUUUGUCUUUGUUCCUUUUUAUUUGACUUUCUUUCUUUAUAAAAGAACAAAGCCAGACUUAUUCUGGAGAUGUUUUGGGGGGAAACCAGCCUGGAACAGAAAAACCACGACCCAGAGGACAGAAAACUGAAGUUGGUUCAAACAGCUCACAACUCUGAGUUUCGAGGACGUGGCCUCUGCUACAUCAUUGUCAUCCUUAACACUCAACGUUCAUUUUUUUUUUUCUAUUGUAUUUGUUAGGGCACAUAUAGGCAGACAGGUAUUUUCACAACUGCAUCAUGAACCUUGAACCUUGCUAUAUAUGGACAUGUAAAUAAAGUUCUCUAAAGGCAAACAAAAAUGUUAUGUGACUUGGAUUUGCUUUAAGAAAACUGAUGGGAGUGUGGGGCAGUUUCUCUGAGUCAUUUGUGCUUUGGUCUUUCAUGAGCAUCUUCUGUCACAGAAAAACAUUGAAACGUCUCCUUAAGGACUGAUGCAGAUGUGAAGGGUAGAAAUAAGGUGUGUGUGUGUGUGUGUGUGUUGCACGCUACUGGCUGUCAAAAGGUGUUUUUCAAUCGCAGAACCAAGUCAUGUUCUUGCCAGGUUUAACUUGGAUGUUUAAAACUGGGGGAAAAAAAUCAAAAGAAGCAUUUGUUGAAUAUUUGUUUAAACCAUAACAGCCAGAAAAGCGUGUGCUCGCAGCGCGGUGCCAAAUAAGCGUCUUAGAAAUAUUGAGAUAAAAAAAAAUGAAGACUGAAUGGUGAGUACACACUCUGCCUCCGCUCUCCUGUGAUGGAAGCAUUUCUCUCUCGCUGAAGGAGCACAAGGCUUCUCUUCUAGUCAAUGUCUGCAUCCUCACACAUAUGAGAAAGUGUCUUGGGAUUCAACCCCACAGCAUGAGCAAGUUAGGAUUCACAGCUCCUCUGUGACUGAAGCUGUCAGUGAAUAAUGUAACCGUACAGUUGUGUUUUUGUGCUGAGCUGACUCGUAGUGUGUCGAGACAAAGGUGAUCUGCAGUACAGUAGGCUGAGGAAUGGAUUAUUACAGCAAUAAUACCCAAGAGAGUUCUGCAGUAAUUGUGUGUAGUGGUGACUGUCCUGCCAGGAUGAAAAGCUUUUGCUGUGAGGGAAGUAAAGCCAAGAGAAAAAAUGAAAGCAACGCAUUUAUCUUCAGAGUAAACGAUUACUGGCAUACAGGUGGAUCAUAUCAUUUAGCUUCAUUUAAUGGAAAAUUGAAACCAUGGUUUUGACCUUUGCCCUUUCUAAAAUGCACAAAACUGCUGUUAAUACCUGUAAUCACUGCACUGCUGUUAUACAGCUUCCAACUAGUGUGAACAGUGGACUGAAUAAAGAAACGGAAAACAGA